AUGGAGGUGGUUCGAGUGAGCUUCGCGGAUCUCAAGGAAGGCAACGAUCUCUCCUCUCAAAUCGAAGCUGCUUUCGGGCCUGGAGGUCUGGGAAUCAUUGCUGUUUCCGAUGUUCCCGGCUAUCCUGAGGCAAGGGAGCGGCUUCUUCCGCUCGCGUUAAGGCUUGGGGCGCUCCCAGAGGAGGCCAAGAGACGCAUUGAGGACCCAAACAGCAAGUACAGCUUUGGAUGGAGCGAGGGUAAGGAGUCGGUGGAGGCAGGCAGAAGGGACGCGCUCAAGGCGUCCUUCUAUGCCAACCCGCUCACCGACACGCCCACCACCGAUCCUGAGCUUAUACGCAGGUUCCCCACCUACUGCCGCCCCAACGUGUGGCCCUCACAAGACCUUCCCGAGCUUGAACCAGCCUUCAAGGCGCUGGGCCGGUUGAUAGUGGACGUGGGCAAGCAGUUGCUGCAACAUUGUGAUGCCUACGUGCACAGCAGGAACCCUCACGUGCCCUCAGGCAAGCUGCUACGAGUGGUGGAGCAGUCCCCCUGCCACAAGGCCCGCCUGCUGCUCUACCUGUCACCGCAGCAGCCCCCACCCGCACCGUCAGCAGCACAGGGAGAGAGAGAGGGAGAGGGAGAGGGCGAAUUGCCUGCUGAGAGCAGCAAGGUAUCAAGGGAGGAGGCAGUGGCGUGUGCAGGCAAUGGGGGCAAUGGGGGUGUGUCUGCUUCUGAGAGUCUAACGGCUGUGGCAGAUGCGGACGUGUCGUCGUGGUGUGGCUGGCACCUGGAUCAUGGCUCCCUCACAGGCCUGACGAGGGCGCAGUUCUGGAGGGGAGGGGAGGCGGUGGAGGGCAGCGACCUGGACCCCUCGUGUGGCCUCUACAUCCGAACCAGGGACGGGCAGAUUGUGCAGGCGCGUAUACCAGAGGGGUGCAUAGCGUUUCAAGUGGGUCACGCCAUGUCCAUCCAGUCGGGGGGGCUCCUAGCUGCCACGCCCCACUGCGUUGCGGCACCUAAAGGGCCGGCAUCAUCAAUAGGCGUUUCUCGCGCCACAUUAGCAGUGUUCAUGCAGCCCUCAUGGAACGAGCCUCUCGACAUGCCUCCCUGCUGCUCUCUUACACCAGAGGAGUUGGUGCCGUGGCAACCGGGCAUGGACUUUGGAACCUUUUCAGAACGAACAAUCAAGCAGUACUACUGA